UUCGUCCACGUCGCCAUUCACCUCUCCGCACGCACCCACCCACCCACCAACCGAGCAAGGAGGAAUGGCGAUGGCGGCGGCGAGGAGGGCCCUCCUGAGCCACCUGCGCGUGCCGGUGCUGGCUCGUCCCGCCGCGGCGGCGGGAAGCGUCCCCGCCGCGCGGCUCCUGUCGUCGGCGACGGAGGAGGGGUCCAAGGGCUCGUUCCUCGACAAGGGCGAGGUCGCCGACCGCAUCGUCUCCGUCGUCAAGAACUUCCAGAAGGUCGAGCCCUCCAAGGUGACACCAAAUGCUCAUUUCCAGAAGGACCUCGGACUUGAUAGCUUGGAUACAGUUGAGAUUGUCAUGGCCUUUGAGGAAGAAUUUGGCUUCGAGAUCCCAGAUAACGAGGCAGAGAAGAUUGACUCCAUCAAAACGGCAGUUGACUUCGUUGCCUCUCAUCCUCAAGCAAAAUAAGGAUCUUGAGAAUUCUCAGUUACUGAUUCCAUUAGAUCUUUUUUUUUUUGUUGCACGAACCAAUCUGUGUCAACAGAGGACCAGUUUUCUUGUGUUUUAUCUGCAUAACCUUUAUUCUGAGGUUAUGCUUCUUACACAACUUGAAUAGGAAAUCAGUUUUUUUAUUAAUAUUAUUGGAUGCGUGAAUAAGCUUCGCACCAUUCGGCUGUUUGUGGUUUUAUGAUGCGAUUUGCAUCUAAACUGAUGCUGCACUGCUGGUUGUAGCCAUUAUUGUUGUGCAAACAAAGGUGAAUCGAUA